AUGAUCUGCUUUUCAGAUAACAGCAUCCAGUCGAUUUUCUGUUGUUGUUGCUGCUGUUCCGUGCAGAAGAGACAAGUCAGAGCACAUAUAAGCCUGAGCAAAGAUGAAGAAUUUUCAGAAAAAUACACCCAACGUCGCAGGCUGUGGUUCAGGGAAUUGCCAAGCAAGAAGCAAUCCAAAAGAGACCACGUGCAACCAUCAAAACGCAAGCCACUGCCUCCCCUCCCACCCUCUGAGGUUACUGAAGAGAAGAUCCAAGUAAAGGCGCUGUAUGAUUUUCUGCCCAGAGAGCCGUGUGAUUUAGCAUUAAAGAGAUCAGAGGAGUACCUGAUAUUGGAGAAGUAUAACCCUCACUGGUGGAAGGCAAGAGACUGUUUGGGGAAUGAAGGCUUAAUCCCAAGCAACUAUGUGACCGAGAACAAACUAACCAAUUUAGAAAUAUAUGAGUGGUACCAUAGAAACAUUACCAGAAAUCAGGCAGAACGUAUUUUGAGACAAGAGUCUAAAGAAGGUGCAUUUAUUGUCAGAGAUUCAAGACAUUUGGGAUCCUACACAAUUUCUGUGUUUAUAAAAGCUAGAAGAAAUAUGGAGGCUACCAUCAAACAUUAUCAGAUUAAAAAGAAUGACUCAGGACAGUGGUACGUGGCUGAAAGACACCUCUUUCAAUCAAUCCCUGACUUGAUCUGGUAUCACCAGCACAAUGCGGCAGGCCUCAUGACCCGUCUCCGCUACCCAGUUGGACUGAUGGGCAGCUGUUUGCCAGCCACAGCUGGUUUUAGCUACGAAAAGUGGGAGAUAGAUCCUGCUGAGUUGGCUUUUGUAAAGGAGAUUGGAAGCGGUCAGUUUGGGGUGGUCCAUUUAGGUGAAUGGCGAGCGCACAUCCGGGUAGCUAUCAAGGCCAUCAGCGAAGGCUCCAUGUCUGAAGAGGAUUUCAUCGAAGAGGCUAAAGUGAUGAUGAGAUUGUCUCAUCCCAGGCUGGUCCAGCUCUAUGGAGUGUGCAUCCAGCAGAAGCCACUGUAUAUUGUGACCGAGUUUAUGGAGAACGGCUGCCUGCUGAACUAUCUCAGAGACAGAAGGGGGACGCUUACGAACGAGAUGCUGCUGAGCAUGUGCCAGGAUACCUGUGAAGGGAUGGAGUAUCUGGAGAGGAACUGCUUCAUCCAUAGGGAUUUAGCAGCAAGGAAUUGUCUGGUCAGUGCUGCAAGUAUAGUGAAAAUAUCGGACUUUGGAAUGACGAGGUACGUUUUGGAUGAUGAAUAUAUCAGUUCUUCUGGAGCCAAGUUCCCAAUCAAGUGGUCCCCUCCUGAGGUUUUCCAUUUCAACAAGUACAGCAGCAAAUCUGACGUCUGGUCAUUUGGAGUUUUGAUGUGGGAAGUUUUCACGGAAGGAAAAAUGCCGUUUGAAAAUAAGUCAAAUUUGCAGGUUGUGGAAGCCAUUUCUAGAGGCUUCCGGCUGUACCGGCCUCCACUGGCGCCGAUGGCUGUCUACGAGGUCAUGUACGGCUGCUGGCACGAGAAGCCUAAAGGCCGCCCUACAUUUGCUGAGCUGCUGCAGGUUCUCACAGAGAUUGCAGAAACCUGGUGA